CACAACAAGGGGAGUAAUAAAAGAAGAAAGGUGAACGGGAAGCUGUCAGCAGCUACUCCAGUGGUCUCUUGUUCGAAGUUCUCUGGUACGUGGAGCUCCAGACAUGUCUCUCCUCUGCAGAAGCGCGGCUUUGCUCUUCAGACACACCAGAUCAGCUCCCGGGCUCCUGUCCUCCGCCCGCCUCUGCAGCUCCGCAGCUCAGUAUGAAUACAUCGUGGUGGAGAAACGCGGCGAGAAGAAGAAUGUUGGUUUCAUCCAGCUGAACAGACCGAAGGCUCUGAACGCUCUGUGCGACGGGCUGAUGAAGGAAAUGGGCCUAGCCCUUGACAGCUUUGAGAGCGAUGGUGACGUGGGCGCCAUCGUCAUCACUGGCAGUGAGAAGGCGUUUGCAGCUGGAGCAGACAUCAAGGAGAUGCAGAACCGAACCUUCCAGGAGUGCUUUGGGGCCAACUUCCUGGCUCACUGGAGCAGAGUGUCCACCGUGAAGAAGCCUGUGAUUGCAGCUGUCAAUGGAUUUGCUCUGGGAGGCGGCUGUGAGCUGGCCAUGAUGUGUGACAUCAUCUAUGCUGGAGAGAAGGCUCAGUUUGGCCAACCAGAAAUCUUACUGGGAACCAUUCCUGGUUCUGGUGGAACCCAGCGACUCACCCGUGCUGUUGGGAAGUCUCUCGCCAUGGAGAUGGUGCUCACCGGAGACAGAAUCAAUGCACAAGAAGCCAAACAGUCUGGGCUCGUGAGUAAGGUUUGCCCGGUGGACCAGGUGGUCAGUGAGGCUGUGAAGUGUGGAGAGAAAAUCGCUGCUCAUUCUAAAAUCGUGUCUGCUAUGGCUAAGGAGGCCAUUAAUGCCUCUUUUGAGCUGUCUCUGGCGGAAGGCAACCGCUUCGAGAGGAGAUUAUUCCAUGCAACCUUUGCCACAGAUGAUCGCAAAGAAGGCAUGACUGCAUUUGUGGAGAAGAGAAAAGCAAAUUUCCAGGACCAUUAAAAAGAGCGGUUGAAUGUUUCUGAAACUUUUUGGAAUACCGAUACGUCAUGGUCUGAGCAAACUCACAAACAUGCCUUUUUCUAGACACCAGGCGCUGAAAGGAUUCUGAAGAAGGGGAUUUCCUCUAGAUAUACGUGUGAACCUUCAAUGAGUCUGACUUAACUCUUUAUCAUGGUCAAGGUCUAAUGUUGGUGACAUCAUGUUUAUGUAUUCGGAAUAAUUUUAGUGCUUAUUGAGCCAUGGGAAUGUAGUCUGUAAAACCACACUAAUAAAUACCCGUGCUUGA